UCCAGAUCGAACUGCUUCCCUUCUCGUUUUUACUAGGUGAUUGAUGGCUGCCUAGCCAAAUUGCCAGAAUACCCCCUCACACUGAUUUCGUCAUAAUCGGCGGCUCAGAUCUUGGUUAUGAACGUGCUUUACCAUUCUGGAAAGUAGAGAUUAAGACCUUUCCAACGCGUAUAAGCUCAUUUCUAGAUGUUACUUGAGCAGCACGCAAUGAUCCGUUGAGGUCGUCAGACUUAAUCUCUAAUUAGUUCUCUCCAGAUUUGCACGAUUUCCAUCAGUGGUAUCAGAGCCACGGUUAGAGGACGUUCUUUCCUCCAUUGGAAGAGAUCUAGAGAGGCUUGAAGUGCUCCAGAUCUAGGGUUUGACAUGGCCCAAAAGUUGGAUGGCCCUCCUAGGUUUACCGGCUCGGACUUUUCGCUAUGGAGGUUCCAGUUCACACUAUGGCUAGGUAUUAAGGACCUAGAAAGUGUGUUGGAUGGAUCGGAGAAGCGACCACGAGCUGACUCUGGGGAGGCGUCUACUGGAGCAACCAGCCAAGUGGGAUCCGGGGCUGGGGGAGCAUCGUUGAGUGGGGGGAAUGAAGGAGGAACCGCUGCAACUCGAACCGGAAGGUCGCAACCAAGUCGCGAGGAGUUGCUCAAAGCUCAAGAAGCAUGGGAUCGGAAGGAUCGCCAGGCAUUUCAGUACCUGUGUUGGGCUUUGGAGGGGCAACUUGAGCUUCUUAAGAUGCUGAUUGACCUGAAGGGGAAGGAAGGUGCAGCAGCUGCAGCUUGGAAAAGAGUGCAAGAUAGGCACUUGCAGAAAGGGCUUCUAAGCGUGCUUACUUGGCGGAAGCGGUUUUACACCAUGGAGCGGAACUAUGGGGAGGGGUAGACCAUGGUUCAGUAUCUCCAGAGGGUGGAUGAGAAUGUGAGGGCUUUGGAGGAGCUGGAUUACACGGUAGAUGAGAAGGAGAUCAUCUAUACUGCACUCCAAGGGUUGGAUCAAGCGGUUAAUGAGGCAUUACUACAGUACCUUCACCUCGAGCAACAGAAAUGGACCAAGGUGUGGAUUUGGGAGGUUCUAAUUUCUGAUGAGGCUCGCAAGGUUGAUGCUGGAAGAGGCCUAGAAGGAGGCAUGGGUGCAGCAGAUAAAGCUUCCUUCAGGAAAGGCUAUCAACAGCAAGGAGGUGGGGGGAAGAAGAAAGAGUUGGACAAAUGCCUUGUGCCCGGAUGCAACAAAAAACACUCUUGGAAGAGUUGCUGGAGUAGGCCUGAGGGAUGGAAGCCUCACGGCUACUUUGGAGAGGCCCCACCAGUGACCAAACCUGAUUGGGUGGAGAAAAGGAUGAAGAAGGGGCUCUGGAAUAAGAAGGGCAGCAAGGGAGCAACGGCGGCAGCUGCUAGGGAUGAGAAGGGGAAGGGCCAAGACGACUCCUCCGAUGAUGGUUUCUCGUUUCUCAUGCUAGGGCAGGAUGCAUCUCUCGCUGGUCGUGCAUUGGCUGAUCCCAACUUCCUGGUUCUAGACUCUGGAGCAACAUCUGGGAUGCUUCCUCGCCGUGAUCUCUUCACCUCCUACCAUCCUCUCCCACCAAACUCUAGGAGAGUGAUUGUUGGGAGCGGAGAUUUGCUGCAGGCAAUUGGCAUCGGCACGAUCACCAUUAAGGGGAAGGAGGGGGAGCUAGUGGGUGUGAAGGGGGUCCUUCACGUCCCUGGUUUGGCUGCAAACCUCCUUUCAUGCUCGCAGCUGGCUAAACAGGGAUACAUCUGCACUUUCACUGAGGGAGGGUGCACUGUUAGAAAGGGUGAAGCUGUGGUGAUGGAGGCAAAGCUGGACAAGGGUUUAUACCUUGUUCCAGCUUGUGUGCCUAAUUGUUACAAGGCACAUAUGGUUUUUUCUGAGGAAGCCGCUUGUAGCACUCGCUGGAGGCAGGUGGAAACGGUGUCACCUGAGUUGCUACACCUUUGCAUGGGGCACGCGGGGAAGCAGCAACUACUGGAGUGUGUGAAGAAGGGGGAGCUGAAGGGGGUGGAGGUCAAGGAAGGAGCUGGGCAGCAGAGAAAAUAUCCUGACUGCACAUCUGGAAAUCUGCCUAGAACCUCAUUCCCUAUCUCCUCUGAUCAUGCCUCGACUCCCCUUGAGCUUGUGCACACGGAUGUGUGUGGACCGAUGCAAACUCCUGACCGGGAAAGGGGCAGCAGGUACUUUGUCACCUUUCUUGAUGAUUUCAGUCGACUUAGCUGGGUCAUCUUGGUGAAGACCAAGGAUGAGGUGGCAAAGGUGUUUAAGCGGUGGAUACGCUAUGUGGAGAGGGAAUCAGGGGCCAAGGUAAAGGUGUUAAGGUCAGAUCGGGGUGGAGAGUACCUUGGGAAAGAACUUCAAAUCUUCUUGGAAGAAAAGGGUAUUUCCCACCAGCUCUCUGUACCUUACACGCCGCAGCAAAAUGGGGCAGCGGAGCGGCUUAACAGGACCUUGACCGAUUUGGCUCGGGCCAUCCUUGCCCAUGCCGAGCUUGAUAACACUUGGUGGGGGGCAGCAGUGCAGUAUGCCAACUGGGUGAAGAACAGGAUGGGCAGCAAGGGGCUUGGAGGCAAGAGCCCAUACUCCUUAUGGACAGGGAAGGUGCCGAAUGUUUCCAUGGCACGAGUGUGGGGGUGCAUGGCUCAGUAUAAGGUUCCUGACCAGCAAAGGAGGAAGCUAGAUCCUAAGGCACAGUGGGGGAUUUUCCUUGGGGUUUCUGAGAGGAGCAAGGCUUGGGUGCUAUGGAGUGUAGCUGACCAGCGUGUGAUGGAGAGCCGUGAUGUGAUUUUCCAUGAGGGGCUGAAUUAUAAGGGGUGGAAGGAGUGUGGUGCAAGCCAUAGUGGGACUUCCAUUCAAGACCCUCAUAUGGCCUCUAUCUUUGAGGGGGCAUGGGAGGACCCUGGAGAUGAAGGGGAGGAGCAGCAGGAGGAGCCAGAACCAGCUGAUUCUAACCAUGAGGAGUCCCGAGAGACAGAUUCUACCCCUCAGCCAGCCACGCAGGCCGAUGCGCAUGAUGAUCAGCCGGAGCAGCAUGUGCCUUCAACUCCAUCGAGAAGCAGUUGGCAGGAGUUGUUGGACCAGCAGCUGUCCAAGACUCCGAGGACUCCAAUGAAGAGGGUGACUUGGGAGGAGAAGCUGCAGAGGCUGGAAGAAGGAGAGGCAACACCUCUGCGACGCAGUGCUCGAAUUUCCCAGCCACCUGAAAGGUUUACCCCGGGGCACAUUGCACGCAUGCAUGAUCAUCUUGUGUCUGAUUUGGAUGAUUGCAUGCUUGUGGACAUGCAUGGGCAUGAGUAUGCUCUUGAUGUGUGUCUAAUGGGUCAGGUGCAUGAGCCUAGGUCAGUCCACGAGGCGCUGAACCGUCCAGAAUGGGUUGAGUCCAUGCAUGAGGAGCUUGAGUCUCACAAGGUAAAUGGAUCAUUUGAGCUGGUUGAUCCAGCAGUGGUACCACCUGGUUUGGAGGUCCUCAGGUGUCAAUGGGUUUGGAAAUACAAGCAUAACCCUGAUGGUACCGUUGAGAGGCCUAAGUCCAGAUUGGUAGUGAUGGGAAACAUGCAGAAAUUGGGAGUACACUAUGAAGAAGUGUACUCUCCAGUUGGGAAGCAUGCGACCUUGAGAGGUAUGCUUGGAAUUUCGGCUGCUUUGAAGCUUGAUAUCCAUCAUAUGGACGUCAAGACAGCCUUCCUCCAUGGGGAUUUGGAAGAAGAGCUUUACAUGCGGCAGCCUCCUGGUUUUGAUGAUGGGUCUAACCGAGUGUGUCGCCUCAAAAGGUCCAUUUAUGGGCUGAAGCAAGCCCCACGACAGUGGUACCUGAAAUUUGAUGAGGCUCUCAUGGAUUUUGGGUUUGAGAGAUCUGAGUGUGACCCUGCCUUGUACCACUUUGUGCGAGAUGAGGAGAGGAUCUCCUUAUUUCUCUAUGUGGAUGACCUUUUGCUCCUAUGCUCUAGUAAAGUUUUGUUAGAUCGAGUGAAAGACUUCUUGUCCUCGCGUUUUCGCAUGAAGGACUUGGGGGAGGUGAAGUACUACUUGGGAAUGCAAAUUGAGCAUGAUGAGAGUGGUAUCUUGAUUCAUCAAGAGAGGUACAUUCUUAACAUGCUUCAGUCCUUUGGUCUUUCAGAGGCCAACCCCGUGCGUACUCCUCUCCUGACAGGCUUUGAUGUGCAUGCCUAUGAGGAUGAACCUUUGCUGCGAGAUGAGCUGGUCAAGCUCUACCAAAGCAUUGUGGGAUCCCUCAUGUAUGCUUGUACUACCACACAGCCACAGAUUGCAUUCGCAGUCUCACAGCUAUCUAAGGUCGCCUCUUGUCCUAAAAUGUUCCACUUGCAGGCCGCUAAGAGAGUGCUGAGGUACCUGAAAGGUGGUGUCAAGUCAGGUAUCUUCUUCCAAACACAGCCCCAAUAUCAGGUCCAGCUGGUUGGCUUCAGUGAUGCCGACUAUGCUGGAGAUUCCGCAAGUCGCAAGAGCCACAGUGGGUAUGUGUUCUGCCUGAAUGGGGCAGCUAUCUCUUGGCAGAGCAAGAGGCAGCCCGUGGUGGCACUCUCUACCACUGAGAGUGAGUACAUAAGUCUGUGUCAGUGCAUUCAGGAGGGUGUGUGGCUGAGGCGUUUGUUUGGGGAGUUUGGCCAUGCUCAUGCUGGUGGUGUGCCUGUGUUUGUGGAUAAUCAGUCUGCCAUUGCCCUUGCACAGAAUGCAUGCUUGCAUGGCCGCACCAAACACAUGCAGUUACGGUGGCAUUUCAUUCGGGAGAUGGUGGCUGCGGGAGAGGUGAUUUUGCAGUGGUGCCCCACCAACCGUCAGGCUGCUGAUAUCCUUACCAAGUCUCUUCCAUUUGAGCGCCAUGGUGUGUGCAUGACCUUGCUCGGGAUGCAGCCCCAUGAUGACAGGGUUCCCGCAGCAGAUGCCGGCGUCUUGGUGCUCCUCUCCUUGGCGGACUCCAUGCUCUGGGUGGCCCCAACCCAUGAGCAAGGGGGAGUGGUGUGAAGUCUUUUGCCCUAUGGUGUUGAGCCACACCCAGCACGAGCAAGGGGGAGUGAUAAAUGUGUAGUAUUCUGUGGUGUAGUUUGCUCUAGCUGGUUGUGGGCUAUUGGGUUUUGGGCAAAAGGACUUGGGUUGGUUGGCAAGGUUUGAACUCGUUACCUUUCCAACCCAUACUACCUCAAAUCCACUACAACAUCUUUGAUGUUGCAGUCAUGGCACUUGAGAGUUUUGGGGUUUGGUCUAGGGCAAGGGUUGGUGGUGUUUGACAAUCACAUACUGCCACUUUUCCAGAUCGAACUGCUUCCCUUCUCGUUUUUUCCUAGGUGAUUCAUGGCUGCCUAGCCAAAUUACAAGAAUACCCCCUCACACUGAUUUCGUCAUAAUCGGCGGCUCAGAUCUUGGUUAUGAACGUGCUUUACCAUUCUGGAAAGUAGAGAUUAAGACCUUUCCAACGCGUAUAAGCUUAUUUCUAGAAAUUACCUGAGCAGCACGCAAUGAUCCGUUGAGGUCGUCAGACUUAAUCUCUAAUUAGUUCUCUCCAGAUUUGCACGAUUUCCAUCAGGAGUGUGGAGAGAUAGUGUGGGAGAGUGGAGGGAUAGUGUGGCAGAGUGGAGAGAUAGUGGAGAGAUGGUGUGGGAGAGUCGAGAAAAGGUGUGGGAGUGUGGAGAGAUAGUGUGGGAGAGUGGAGAGAUAGUGUGGAGAGUUCAGAGAUAGUGUGGGGGAGUGGAGAGAUAGUGUGGGACAGUAGAGAGAUAAUGGAGAGAGUGGAGAGAUAGUGUGUGAGAGUGGAUAGAUAGUACGGGAGAGUGGAGAGAUAGUGUAGGAGAGUGGAGAGAUACUAUGGGAGCGUGGAGAGAGAGUGGAGAGAGAGUGGAGAGAUGGUGUGGUAGAGUGCAGAGAAAGUGGAGAGAGUGGAGAGAUAGUGGAGAGAGUGGAGAGAUAGUGUGGGAGAGUGGAGAGAUAGUGUGGAGAGUGGAGAGAUAGUGUGGGUGAGUGGAGAGAUCGUGUGGGACAGUAGAGAGAUCGUGGAGAUAUAGUGUGUGAGAGUGGAGAGAUAGUAUGGGAGAGUGGAGAGAGAGUGUAGGAGAGUGGAGAGAUACUAUGGGAGAGUGGAAAGAGAGUGCAAGGAGAGGAGAGAUAGUGGAGAGAGUGGAGAGAUAGUGUGGGAGAGUGGAGAGUUAGUGUGUGAGAGUGGAGAGUUAGUGUGGGAGAGUGGAGAGAUAGUGUGGGAGAGUGGAGAGAUAGUGUGGGAGAGUGGAGAGAUCGUGUGGAAGAGUGGAGAGAUAGUGUGCCAAAGUGGAGAGAUAGUGUGGGAGAGUGAAGAGAUAGUGUGGGAGACUAAAGAGAUAGUGUGGGAGUGUGGAGAGAUAGUGUGGGACAGUGGAGAGAUAGUGGAGAGUGUGGAGAGAGAUUGUGGCAGAGUGUAGAAAUACUGUGGGGGAGUAGAGAGAUAGUGGAGAGAGUGGAGAGAUAGUGGAGAGAGUGGAGAGAUAGUGGAGAGAUAGUGUAGGAGAGUGGAGAGAUACUGUGGGAGUGUGGUGAGAUAGUGUGGGAGUGUGGAGAGAUAGUGUGGGAGAGUGGAGAGAUAGUGUGACAGAGUGGAGAGAUAGUGGAGAGAUUGUGUGGGAGAGUGGAGAGUUAGUGUGGGAGAGUGGAGUGAUAGUGUUUAGAGUGGAGAGAUAGUGUGACAGAGUGGAGAGAUAGUGUGACAGAGU